AUGUGGCGUCUAUUCUCCCGCUCUUCGACAGAAGCACCAAACACCAAACCAGAACCUCAGCGAAAUCUAACGGCGAGUUGGUAUAGAUCCGAUGCUUUAUACGAACUUGAACGCAGAGCAAUUUUCCAACGAAGCUGGAUCAUUCUCACCCACUCUCUGAGAUUUGCCAAAGCCGGCGAUUAUAUGUCCUUUACCGUGUCUGGCAUCUCCUUCUUUCUGAUCCAGGACAGGGAUGGCAAUGUUAAUGGUUUCCACAAUGUAUGCAGACAUCGAGCAUAUCCUGUCGUGCAAUCUCAAUGCGGUACUGCUAGCAUUCUGAGCUGCAAAUACCACGGCUGGUCGUACGGACUCAAAGGCAAUCUCUCCAAAGCUCCCAGAUUCGAAACAGUGGAAGGGUUUGACAAGGGUCAGCAUGGCUUGUUGCCCAUUCAUGUCCAUGUCGACAAGGCUGGUUUCAUCUGGGUCAACUUACAAGCUGGCGAGCCGGACAUCAAAUGGGACGACAAAUUCAAAGGCAUUGAUGAUUCACCAAGGAUGAAGAUGUUUGAUUUUGCCAAAGAGUUUGUAUUUGACCACUAUUGGGAGAUGGACGUCAAAGCCAACUGGAAGUCGUUGAUUGACAAUUACAAUGAAUGCUACCAUUGCGCCACAUCCCACCCUCUUAUUGCUGGAGUUUCGGACUUGACAAAAUAUCGAGUCGACACAACGAAUGGAUAUAUGGAGCAUAACAUCUUCAACAAAUCACAGACAGACGAACAAUUCAGGAGAAACAUCACUUUCUUCUACCCGACAACAAGUGUUACCGUGACGGACAAUUUCUUCUACAUCCAACGCAUGUUCCCAGUCACAGCAACGACCAGCAAGAUUGAGUACGAAGUUUUCCGCCAUGUCACAGCCGGAGAUGAAGAGUUCAAAGCCAUCAACGACUUCUACGUACAAGUCCUGAACGAAGACAAAGAGUUGUGCGAGGCCGCUCAGGAGAACCUCAGCGCCGGAAUAUUCGUUAAUGGAGAGUUGCAUCCCGAGAAGGAAAAAGGUCCUUUGUACUUCCAGAAGAACGUACGAGAGAUGGUUAUGGAACAUCGCAAGAGAGAGGAAGCGCAAGGUGGCAAGGAGAUUUGGCCGGCUGUCCCGAAGGGAUCCAAUAGUUCGAAAGAAGAUGAAGAGGAAGAUUUUGUCUCCAAGCUGGAUGAAGCGGCUGGCUGUAUGUCAUCACGAGUAGACUUAAAUUGGUAA